UCGACACAAGUACUUCUGUUCUCUCUUGUCUACAACUACAAAACCAUAAAACUCUCUCAAAACAAAGAAAGGAAAAAAGAAAUUCAGACCACCCGGCCAACCAAACGAAAGCAACACCCGAUUACUUCGCUCACUUAAAAAAAAAAAAAACAAAACAGUUCACUUCAACCCCUUCCACAAAAUCCCUAAAAUCCCAAAAAUCAAAUGGCCACAACCACCACGACAAGCAGUCUAACCAGCGGAGGGGGAGGGGGAGGAGGCGGUGGAGCAGACGACCGUGUCAUGGCAACAGCGCAGCAGAUCGUGAACAGCUUAAACACUACAAAAAAUGUACGCGAAGACAUGUUAUUAAUCCUUUCGAGUUUUGAUAACCGUUUAUCGAACAUAUCCGACUUCAUCAAAACCGAUUCGGAAUCUCAGUCCUCCAUUCUAGACGCCGCCGAGAAGAUCAUUCUCCGGUCAGACUCCGGCAUGUCCUCCAACGCCGGAGCUUCUUCCUGGGAUGACUCGGCGGGGGAAUCUAGAUAUUAUUUAGCUGCUAUUGAUGAGAUUCUUGAUUUGUUAGAUAAUUUAUCGGUCGGGUCUGAUUCGGAGGUUUUGGACCGGGCGGAGACUCUGGUUCAAGUGGCUAUGUCGAGAUUGGAAGAGGAGUUUGGGCAUAUUCUGAUAAGGAAUACUGUUCCGCUUGACGCGGAGAGUUUGUAUGGAUCUAUUAGGAGGGUUUCGCUUUCAUUUGCAGCGAAUGAAGGGGAAAUUGACGAGGAGUUUGAGAAUUUUGGAGAAGUGGAGACUGGGAGUGUGUGUUUUCACGAGAGAGGAGCGAGUUUAGGGGAUGAUUUGUGUGUUGAUUUGAUUAAUAGCGAGGCGGUUAUGGAUUUGAAAGGGAUUGCUGAUAGAAUGAUGCGAUCAGGGUAUGAGAAAGAGUGUGUGCAGGUUUAUAGUAGUGUGAGAAGGGAUGCUUUGGACGAGUGUUUAGUUAUUUUGGGUGUUGAGAAGUUGAGUAUUGAGGAAGUGCAGAAGAUAGAGUGGAAGCCUUUGGAUGAGAAGAUGAAGAAGUGGGUUCGGGCUGUUAAGAUUGGCGUUAAGGUUCUUUUGAGAGGAGAGAAAAGGCUUUGUGAUGUGAUUUUUAGUGGGUCGGAUUCGGCCAGGGAGGUUUGUUUUAAUGAGACUGCAAAAGGGUGUUUGAUGCAGUUGUUGAAUUUUGCAGAGGCAGUGGCUAUUGGAAGGAGGUCACCGGAGAAGCUGUUUAGGAUUUUGGAUAUGUAUGAUGCAUUGUCUGGUGUUUUCCCAGAUUUGGAAGCUAUGGUUACGGAUGAGUUUGUGUACAGUGAGGCGAAAGGAGUGUUGGCUGGGUUGGGAAGGGCGGCUAAAGGGACUUUUGUGGAGUUUGAGAAUGCUGUGAAAAGUGAGACUUCUAGGAAGCCUAUGUUAGGUGGAGUGAUUCAUCCACUUACACGGUAUGUGAUGAAUUAUGUGAAACUGCUUGUGGAUUAUAGUGAUACGCUGAAUUCACUUUUGGAGAACGAUGAUGAUGAUGAGUUAAAUGGAUUGCAAAAUGAUGAUGGUGAGAGAUUACAGUUAGAGAGCUUGAGUCCUAUAGCAAGGAGAUUGUUGGCCUUGUUAUCGACUUUGGAGUCUAAUCUCGAGAAGAAAUCAACACUUUAUGAGGAUGGUGCUAUGCAGUAUAUAUUUCGUAUGAAUAAUAUUCUGUACAUGGUGCAAAAAGUUAAGGAUUCAGAACUUAUUAAGAUUUUGGGAGAUCAAUGGGUCCGCAAACACCGUGGCCAAAUACGCCAAUAUGCCACAGCGUAUCUGAGGGCUGCUUGGACUAAGGCCUUGUCAUGCUUGAAGGAUGAAGGGAUUGGUGGGAGUUCUAAUAAUGCCUCCAAAGUGGCUUUGAAGGAAAGGUUCAAGAAUUUCAAUGCGUGCUUUGAGGAAAUAUAUAGGAUUCAGACUGGUUGGAAGGUCCUAGAUCCUCAACUUCGUGAAGAGCUUCGAAUAUCCAUAUCUCAAAAGGUAUUACCAGCUUAUCGCUCAUUUAUGGGGAGGUUUGGUAGUCAGCUAGAGGGUGGAAGACAUGCUGGGAAAUACAUAAAGUACACACCAGAUGAUUUGGAGAAUUAUUUAAUUGAUUUGUUUGAAGGGACCCCCCUUGUUCUUCACCAUCUUAGAAGAAAGAGUUCAUAGGAUUCAUGACUCUUUUAACAGGGGGGUAGUAGCGUAGCAAAUGGAGUAGAAUCUAGUUCGUGUAGAAAUUUGUCUGGUUAGCAUGUUGCAAUCGGUAAGAGAUUUGCGAGGUACCAUUUCCUUCUUCUGGUGUUAAAUUGAAUUUGCAUGGUUUUUGAAGUUCUGUUAGGCCUUUGAAAGGCUUCAGCAAUUGGGAAGAGCAGUUUAUUUCUUGAAGAAUGCCUAUUUCUUGAAGCAAUUAACGUCCAAAUAGGGUAAAAUGUUAUUUCAGCAGCCUGCAAAUAUUAUCUGAAUGCAUCUCUUGCGAUCAUAUAGGGAAGUACUUUAUGUCUUAUAGAACAUGAUUUGGGAAAAGGCUGUCAAGUCGUUUAGUUAUGGGUGAUAGACUCUUGAUUCGCACCAUCUUGUGGAAGAUGCCUUGCAUUCUCUAUUGGGAAUCCCUAGAAACAUAGUCCUGAUGAAAAUAGACAGCCAAUCGGUUAGGUUGUAGAAAUCAUUCAAUGCGUUGGCGACUGAAAACCCAAAGCUUUUUAGUUUGAUGCAUCCUGAUCAUGCUUGCUUUUUAUUCUGGAUCCCUUUUAACGUGUUGAGCAUGGGGUUUGAGAUGGUCUUAUACUAGUGGGAAGAGAUCUUCACUGUUGUUAUGUUGCAACAAAACGAAAUGAGGGAAAGGAGGGAAGGUUGGCGUUCACACUUUCUUAGAGAGAUUUCAGUACAGUGGGCUGCUCCAGCGAGUGCCUGUGCUCUCUUUUUAAUGUCCAGAGGUGAAACUUCCGAAUCAAUACUAUGAUUUGUCUGCAACUACAAGUUUCUGGAAAGAAAAGGCCCCAUUCAAUAAUGGUUUCAGGCAGGUGGUUCAUGGUUGGCUUUUUGUCACUUAUCGGAACUCGACCUGGUGGGGGCACGAGGUCCCUGAGCUAAUUAGCAUAUACCCCGCAUGCUUACGAAUACAUGUGACUAGUAAACAUGCUGUGUCUUUUGCUUAAAACCAAGGAAUACGAUUCAGAGGGCCAGAUCAUCAUGUGCCUUUAUUGCCCUUUCAAAAUUGUUGCCAUGGCUCUCGGCUUGUUUUUUCUUGAUACAGCCUUGGUCAGACAAGUUACAUCACUCGUUUGCCUAGAUGUGAAAUACUACCUCCCACAUUAAGUGGAGGCAUAUGAACCUCUCUGUGGUAAAACAUUGGAAUGCCCGUGGAUUUUUGUUGCUCCCAUUUGCAGCCAACAAGAAGGAUCGGCCUUGCAUCGAUGAGGGAACCUGUCUGUCUUUUCAUUAAAAUAGGUUAUGUAGUGGCUUGAACUGAAAAUAAUGUUAUAGAUACCACAAGAGAAGACAUUUAGGAAAAAGUUUGAUUUGAUUCUUUGCUCGAGGAGAAAAUGACACUACCCACGUGUAAGACAUUCAGAAAAGCUUGCUCUUUCUUGCUUGAUGAAGGAACUUGCGGAUUCGCGGUGGAAUGUAGUGUAAAGACGGUUCUCUUGCCUCCAAAGAGAAUCAUCCAGUUUUGGUGCGGAAUUGCUUAGUUGUCCAGAAACAAGUAACGGCAGUAGAGAAUAUUCAAGAGAACAGCAAAAAAAAUAAUUGUAAAAAUCAAUAUUCUGAAUGUGUGUAUUGUAUUAGAUGCAAAAGGUUUUUCUUGA